AUGCUCCCCUUCAUGCCCAUCGUAGCCGCCCCCGCCCCUGCCGCUCCCGCUCCCACCGCCUCUGCGCCCCCCACCUUCAAGUACAUCCCCGUCGUUGGUCCAAGGGCCUGUACAGUGGUCUGUCCCAACUGCAACCAGCAGGUGACCACCCGUGUGACCUACCAGUCUACCACCAGAACUCAUAUGAUAGCUCUGAUCUUGUGCUGCCUCAGCUGUUUGCCCUGUGCUGUUUGUCUCUACUGCACCCCGUGCGCCAGAAACUGUGACCACCACUGUCCAGCCUGCAAGGUCUUGAUUGCCACCUACGAGCGAUAAAAACUUCGGUCGGAAGUCGUCGGUUUUGCAGAUAAGCAAUCUUAUGCCUUGGAAUUUUCACCAAUAAAGAAUUAAAAAAAAGUUAAAGUUUUGUUUCACAAAAACAGUAAACGAGUUCUAGGAAAAAUCUUAUCUUUUGUGGGAAUAAUCAGUAUCAUUUUUUAUACAAUUGGAAUGUCUCAGAUAGAACUUGCAAUAAUUAUAA